AUGGCGUUCCUCUUUGCGUCCCUGGACACAAUUUUAUUUUGACACCGUCACGGAAUUCAUUUUGAACAAAAAGGUCCCAUUGAUUCUUUAACAAACAUAGUGCUAUUCAAAAGCUACGAUAUGGAAAACAUUCGUCCUGGAGUUGGAAAGAGACCACAAAAAAAUAAAGAUUAUGAUGAUAUUCUUGGAGAUCUUCUUGCACCUGAUGAUGUUAUGUUAAAAAAGAAGCCAGGACAACCUCAGACGGUUGCACAGACACCUGGAAAGAAAGCUGGAAAAAGUGCUCUGUCCAAUGAAAUGUACAGCAGUCUGGCGGCGCAGGCAGGGAACGAUGCCGAUGAAGAGAUCUCUGAUGCCGAUGUCAGCGAGGUGGCCAGAGCACUUGCUGGUUUGGAUGACAUGGAUGCUGAUCUCUUUGGUGGAACUUUGCCAAAGAAGAAAGGAAGCCUUAAAGAGAGAAGUAACAAGACGACACCUCGCAGAACACCCCGAUCACGCAGCGGUACUCCCCGCUCUAUGGCUGGAGGUCAAAGAGUUGCAUCCCCUACUCGUAGUGACAGCCCUACAAGUCCGCCAGAAAGUGCCAGGUCAAGUCUGAAGCGGCGGACACCGAAAUCGAAAUCUCCAACGGUUGGUCAGAUGAUGCAAAAACCAGGGUCAGCGCCUGGGAAAUUUUCAGACCUAUCUGAAGCUAGCGAGAACUUGAAGCCUGGGCAGACAAAGGCUGAUGAACGACCACGCACAGUACCCAAGGCUAAGGCCAGGUUCGACUUUGGAGAAUUUGAUGAAGAUGAUCCUUUAGCUGGUAUUUUAUCGGACUCCGAUUUAGAAUUAUCCAGUCAGAUAGCUCAGAAAACUGUUUUUAAACAGCAGAAGUCUCUUGAUGAGCCAAUCAAAUCAAAGGACAGUGAACCCGCAAGGAAGAAAAAUGUUUUUGACAGACCCCCAACUCGAAGUGGUAGUAGUGGAAAGCCUGAUGAGGACGUAGUUACAGAAUCUCCUCCAAAACCAGCAGAACCACCUCCGAAAGUGGCAGAACCUGUGCAGAAAGCCAAACCAGAAAUGAGGAAAAAGGAUGAAGUAAUUUUCAGUGAGGAUGAUGACAUGCUGUUUGGUUUGGAGGAAAAGAAGGAGAAACCGGAACUCAAGUCGAAGCCGAUGACAAAAGACGGUGGCGACAAACCGGCCAAGUCUAUUAUGGAUAGCUUCCUGGGCAAAGGUGUCGGAAGCAAGCUGUUUGAGCCAAAGGAGAAAAAAGAUUUCGUUCUUGAUAAGAAAUACACACAAGCAAAAGAUGACAAAGAAGAAGAAGAUUUUUUAUUUGGUUCAUAUCAACCUUCUAUGGCAUCAGGCUCUCGACCGACUUCCAGAAGAUCUGUUCGUUUUCAAGAUGAUGACGACAUAUUUGGUUUGGACAAGUCUUCAUCAAGAGGCAGAAGCCAGUCGCCCAGUAAACCACAGCCUGUGACAGAUGACAUGGGAUGGCUGGAACAAGCCGCACUGCCAAAACCGACCGCCAACAAGGUCGAUACUGCACCAGCCAAGGAGAAACCCGUUGAAACCAAACCAAAAUCCAGCGCUGCUGAUUGGCUCGGGUUAAAGGAGUCCGAAGAUGAGGAGGUUUUCCAACCAAAGAAACCGGUCGGCCCAUCACCAGAUCCAACAGAGAUGAAUAAGCUGUCACCAGCACUGAAGACCGAGUCCGGAAUGUAUUCGCCGAGGACUAACAAGAAGAACGUACCGUCAUCUCCAUCUUUGGCACGACCAACUCCACAGAAGGAGGAUGAUUACCUUCAGCUGGGAAAGGAGAUUGACAUGGAUGACAUUCUGACGACAAAGCCUGAAUCUCCAGUCUUUAAAGGUGAAAGUCCGUCUGUGUUCUCUAAUACUGCUGGAAGUGGAGAUCUCUUUCAAUCUCCCCCGACUCAUGUUUCCACCGCAGUUAUGCAACAGCCGGUUGAGCGACGUAGAAAUAAACCCAUCCAAGAAGCCCGUCUUUCUCAGUCUGCACACAGAAGUCAGAGGAGGCUAUCCCAGGAAUUGGAUCAGUCUCUUGGGAGUGGUGAGAACAUUCAGUCUGGUAUGGUGAAAUCAGCAGAUACAGAUUUUCAGCACACACAGGCUCUGGGACCCACUACCCAAAAAUCUUCAAUUCUGGAAAGCUUCUUACAAGAACCGAUGCCUCAGAUUGGUUUAAAGGCUCGCUCAGGCCAGAUGACCUCUUCGCUGCAAGCCGAGAUCCCUCCACCCACCUCUCUACAGCCCUCCACCUCACCGCAGAUACCUCAGAUGCAGCAGCAGCUAGCGCAGCAGCAUGCACUGCAACAACAGCUGCAUCAGCAGCAGGCUGAGGUGGACAGAAUGCGGAGUAGCCUGCAGCAGCAGCUUGAAGCACCAGGUUUCCCUCCAAACCAAGAUGCACUUGACAGUGGUUACCAAGCACCGGUCUCUCUUCCGUAUCAAAAUAUUCCUCCUGGUGGUGUUCCUGGUUCUACAGCAGAAACGUAUGCUUUGGUUCGUAAGUUGGAGAUAGAGAAGAGUUAUGCGGAGUCCUUGUUAGAAAGCACCAAGAAGCGUUACGAUGAAGAACUUCUGGCUGUUGAAAACUCAUACAAAAAAAGGAUGCAGAUAUUGAGUGAAUCUAAUGACAGAAAAGAAUCCAGACUGCUCGAGGAGACUGAGCGUCUGAUGGAGGAGCACCUGUCUCGUGUGCGCCAGAUGGAGCAGGAGCGAGCCGACCUCAACAUGCAGCACUACCGGAAGCUGGAGGAGAUCGAACUCAGCAAGGCUCAGGAGAUGGAGAAACUCAAAGAACAACAUCGACUGGCCAUCUUGGAAUUGAAGCGAGAGCAUGAGGAAGCCAUAGAUCGUCUGAAGCGAGCCAAAAACCAUGAGAUUGAUGCGGUGGCCAAUGCCAAUGAUACGUCCAGGAGUUUAACAGCUGUAGUCAGUCAGAUAGAGUCAAAUGCCCGUGACUUGGAGAAGUUACACCAGAAGGUAGAAAACUGGAAUCGUAUGGGGCUGGACGAACGGGAGAUCAACUUGAGAUCCAAGGACGAACAACUCAAAAUACUUCAAGAACGCUUGAACCGACAGGAAGCUGACAAUGACAAUGAGAGGAAACGAUUGGAAGACCUGAUAGCGCGGAUGGAAACUCAGCUGAGAGAUCAAACCAGGAUUCUUGAUGAGGAAAGGUGGAAGUUGAAACAGGAGCAGAAUCGUAUCGAAGCUCUGCAGAGGUCUCUACAAGAAGAGCGCAGGAUUUGGCUGGAGCAGCAGGCCAGAGACAAAGAAAUGUUCGAGAAAACCAGAUCAUCAUUUCUGGAGGAACAGCGGACGUCUCUGUCACAGCUGAAUGAAGAACGUCGGCUGAUCUCAGAAGAAAGAACCAAACUGAGUGUUGACCAGAAGAUGAGUCGAGAGAUGUUGCAACAGGAAGCAAUUAAAUCAGCACAGGCUAAGGCAGAAUUUGAGGUUCUGAUGAAGUCUAUAGCUGAAGAACGAGCGAAAUCGGCGUCCAAGAUGCAGGAGCUUCGAUCAGAAGAGGAUCGCAUCAUCGCAGAACGAGCGCGACUGGAGCGUGAGAGAACAAACCUGGAACACGAGAAAGAGAAAAUAUCAAACCUGGCUCUGCAAGUCAAACAGAGGUCAACAGAAAUUGAAUCUCUCGCAGAGAUGUCGGCUAAGUCCCGGUCUGAGGGUGAACAAGCACUCAUGGAGGCUAAACGGAUUGAAGCUGAACGUAAUCACCGCCUGAACGAAAUCUCUAAACAGAUCCAGAACUCCAAGAUAAUGGAGGAACACAUAGCUCAGGAAAAGUUGAAGCUAUCAAAGGAGAAGAAGUCUUUGGAGAAUCUACGAAAUUCUUCAUUAUGUGUAAACUGUCGAAACCCACUGAGAUCUGACCUUAAUCAGACACUUCCAGUGUACAUGCCUAAUGGUGUAAACAUGUCAAUGAUGUCACCUAGCAACCUGAUGCCUGUCACUCCUGGCCACGCUGGUAUGAAUUUCUCGGUAAAUGCUAUAGAGACAAUCACGUCCUCCAUAGCGUCGGACCGCUCAAUCCGUAUGUGGAAAAUACAGGCUCUCAAGGAUAAAGAUUACUUGGAAGAAGAGAGCAUGUUUUUGGAAGCUCUUCGUCACUCGCCUUACCACAGUCCAACGAAGACUUGAGUCUAGUCAUCAUGACAAUAUUACUGUUACCAGCGUAAAGGAAGUUAAAGCAGACAUACACUGCCGAAGAAAAUGUGUAGUCUAC